UCAGAAGCGAGCAGCGAGAACUUGAACUGACUGCAACUUGAACUGCACCGACUGACAGACGCUCCCAACUGGAUCAGACUCUGUUAACUGCUUCGCUUGUCUCUCUAACCUCCCAGCCCAUCCAACAUCCACUCGUUCACUUCCUCCUCCCUUUGCCCCGGCACAUGAACGACCUCGCCUUCUCCACGCAGUCAGGGAUCUAGCGAGUCUUUUGGAGGGGUGUGGAUUUGUGGUGACGGCGUGAUACAAAUGUCAUUGACGCCGCGGGAAGAUCAAGAUCGGGCCAUUCUCUUCAACCCGCGCUUCUAAAGCCCUAACCGUUUACGCCGCUCGAGACGGGUUCGCAGUCUACUGAGCGUGCCCACGCCCGCGCCCGCCAAUAUGGAGGCCUUCCGCAACAUGGGAAACCAUCUGGUUUCCAACUCCGCCGCCGCCAUCAACGCCAGCGACGACAUCUCGACCGUCGACCCCGACGAAAGCGUCCUUAGCCUGGCCAAAGGCCCUCGGCGCCGCCAGCACGACGACGACGAGUCCGAAGGAAUCGAAGAGGACGAUCUGGAGAGUCUCGCCAGUGCCGCUGUGGACGGCAAUAAACAGGCCGCUAAAAAGGAAGAAGAAAAGGAAUUGCCUCCCCAUGCCUGCGCCUACUGCGGAAUCCACAAUCCGAGCUGUGUGGUCCGGUGCCUGACUUGCGGCAAAUGGUUCUGCAGCGCCCGCGGCAACACGUCCUCCUCGCAUAUUGUCAACCACUUGGUCCGCGCUCGACAUAAAGAGGUGCAACUACAUCCCAGCAGUUCUCUGGGCGAUACCGUGCUGGAGUGCUACAAUUGUGGAACCAAAAAUGUUUUCUUGCUAGGCUUCAUCCCCGCCAAGUCGGACACAGUCGUGGUUCUCCUGUGCCGCCAACCUUGCGCAGCCAUGCCUUCUUCCAAGGAUAUGAACUGGGACACGUCGAGAUGGCAACCCUUGAUUGAAGAUCGAUCGUUUCUGUCCUGGCUGGUGGCUCAACCGACCGACCAGGAGCAGCUUCGUGCCCGCCAUCUCAGCCCCCAGAUGAUUGCCAAGUUGGAGGAGCUGUGGAAGGAGAAUGCGUCGGCCACCAUCACCGAUCUGGAAAAGGCGGCCAACAUCGACGAUGACCCGGCCCCGGUGCUUCUCCGCUACGACGAUGCCUACCAGUACCAGAAUGUCUUUGGCCCGCUCGUCAAGAUCGAAGCCGACUAUGAUCGCAAGUUGAAGGAAAGCCAAUCUCAGGACAAUCUGAUUGUGCGAUGGGAUCUGGGGCUGAACAACAAGCACCUGGCCAGCUUUGUUCUCCCGAAGCUCGAACUGGGUGACGUCAAGCUCGCUGUGGGCGACGAGAUGCGGCUCAAGUACACGGGGGAUCUGCGCCCAGCAUGGGAAGGCGUUGGCUAUGUGAUCAAGAUUCCCAACAACCAGUCCGACGAAGUCACCAUCGAACUGCGCGCCAAAGGCGACCAUAAGUCAGUCCCCACGGAGUGCACCCACAAUUUCACCGCCGAUUACGUCUGGAAGGCCACUUCGUUCGACCGGAUGCAACUCGCCAUGAAAACUUUCGCUAUUGACGAGAUGAGUGUGUCUGGCUACAUCUUCCAUCGUCUCCUAGGGCACGAGGUGGCAGCUGCCCCGAUGAAGACACAACUCCCCAAGAAGUUCACGGUUCCCGGCCUCCCCGACCUCAAUAGCAGUCAAAUCAACGCAGUCAAGUCGGUUCUGCAAAAGCCCUUGAGUUUGAUCCAAGGACCCCCCGGUACAGGAAAGACGGUGACUUCGGCAACCAUCAUCUAUCAUCUCUCGAAAAUUAAUGGCGGCCAAGUUCUGGUUUGUGCGCCCUCCAACGUCGCCGUAGAUCAACUCUGUGAGCGCAUCCAUCGCACCGGCCUCAAGACUGUGCGAGUCACUGCCAAAUCUCGAGAAGACGUCGAGUCGUCGGUCAGUUUCCUGUCUUUGCACGAGCAAGUCCGCAUGAACGAUAGCAACGUCGAGCUGGCCAAGCUGAAUCAGCUGAAAUCGGAGCUGGGCGAAUUGUCGAGCCAGGAUGAGAAGAAAUACAAGUCGUUGACACGCGCGGCCGAGCGAGAGAUUUUGACCAAUGCAGAUGUCAUAUGCUGCACUUGUGUGGGUGCCGGAGAUCCGAGGUUGGCCAAGUUCAAAUUCCGCACCGUUCUGAUCGACGAGUCGACCCAAUCUGCCGAGCCCGAGUGCAUGAUCCCGCUGGUGCUGGGUUGCAAGCAGGUCGUUCUGGUCGGCGACCAUCAACAACUGGGCCCCGUCAUCAUGAACAAGAAAGCAGCAAAGGCUGGCCUCAACCAGUCCUUGUUCGAGCGUCUGGUCAUCCUGGGCUGUGCGCCCAUCCGCCUAAAUGUCCAGUACCGUAUGCACCCAUGCUUGUCCGAGUUCCCUUCGAAUAUGUUCUACGAAGGCUCUCUUCAAAAUGGCGUCACGAUGCAGGACCGCUUGCGCCCUGAUGUUGAUUUCCCCUGGCCCGUUGCAGAUUCGCCCAUGAUGUUUUGGUCGAACUUAGGCAAUGAAGAAAUCUCGGCGUCGGGCACAUCCUACCUCAAUCGCACCGAAGCAGCGAAUGUCGAGAAGAUUGUGACACGAUUCUUCAAAGCUGGCGUCCACCCACAGUCCAUCGGUGUCAUCACGCCGUACGAAGGUCAGCGCAGUUUCAUUGUCAGCUCCAUGCAAACCAAUGGCACCUUCAAGAAGGAAUUGUACAAGGAGAUCGAAGUGGCUUCCGUGGAUGCUUUCCAGGGUCGAGAAAAGGACUUCAUCAUCCUGUCUUGCGUCCGAUCCAAUGACCACCAGGGAAUUGGUUUCUUGAGCGACCCCCGUCGUCUCAACGUCGCACUGACCCGAGCUAAAUAUGGGCUGGUCAUUCUCGGCAACCCCAAAGUGCUUUCCAAGCAUCCACUGUGGCAUUAUUUGCUGCUACAUUUCAAGGAGCGCAAUUGUCUGGUCGAAGGCCCCUUGAGUAACCUGCAAAUCUCACUGCACCAGUUCAGCCGACCCAAGCAAUCAUACCGCGGACCCCAACGAUAUCAAAUGGCGUACAACCAUGCGAGCCACAUGGCGAGCGGCAUGAUGAACGGUGGGCGUGCCGGCAUGCGCAACGACUACCGCGACGGUAGCUCUGUUGUGGGUUACAUUCCUGACGAUGUGUCUUCAAUCCACUCUUCCGCCAUAGGUGGCGUGGGUGUUCCGACCGGCUAUCCUCCAAUGUUCCAAGGCUUCACCCCCGACACGUGGCCCGCCCUCCAAAACGCGCAGACUCGUCGCCAGAAUGGAAUCAAGCCGAGGGCAGUUCCAAGCAGUGUCGCUGGAGAGUCGACGGUUGCGACCGAGUCCGACAUAACUAGCAGUGUCGUCGGCCAAGGCGGCGUCAGCUUGGAUCAGCUGUCCAUCCAUGAUACCAAUAAGCAAACCAGUUACAACCAAGCCGAUCGACUGAAGCGCUAUGUCGAAGGUGGCAAUCCUGGCGCCGGCUAUGUGGGCAGUCACAGACUUGGAAAACUGAUGCAUGAGGACGAAGAUGCGCGCAGCAUUUCCACCGCCUUUGCCAGCCAAGUUGGCGGUGGCUACGAUUGAUGGAGCAUCGGGCGAGACGAGAGAAUAAAAUGAUAGAAGAGCUCAGUGGAGCAUAUCCUUAUGAUGCAGCCAUCAGCCCAGACCACGUUGGACCUGGCCAACUACAGGCAUAUUCGGAGUCAUGUCCGUCAGCCAGACCGGAUUCAGUGACGCAUCGGCCUCAAGGAGCCAACGCGCAUCGGCGCGGGGUCGGUAUUGGUGACGAUGCGCUACUGAAGUGAGCCGGACGAAACCCGUCGCAACAGGACGACGUUAGACGGAUAGUAUCAGAGUCAUGCAACCCGACCGCCGAGCAGCCGCGACAGAGAGUGGUUGUGGUUCGAUGCCGACAUUCACCACAUUUACCUACUUCAUCAGUUGUGGACGCGGCCAUUUCGGAUCAAGAAUGGCACCGCGGAGGUGGCAGGACGUGUGUUCAGCGAACCGAGGAAUUAUCCGGAGGGAAAUGGGCAGCGGGGAGAGUGGCCAGGACGGGAAUGCAUAUUCAGGUGGACAUUACUGAAACCAAGAUUGAGACUGAGAUUGAGAUUGAUAGUGCAGAUUGCGUUGAUUUUGAAAAACACGCACACUCGUUUAUAGCAAUCCAAAAAGUGGUUGCACUGCGGUUGACCAUAUCAAGAUACUUGCAGGUACUACUAGAUAGGAACCAUGAAUAUCAACCAGGUGAAACCACUA